AAAUGAAAACGACCGAUUUGAAGCUGCCCACUCGCAACCUCCUGACAGGCCGCGUGGUGGACUGGGAAGACGAUGAAUUGGGCAGCUACGUGGACCACCCUCAAAAUCUCACGCUCUCGUGGAAAGACUUAUCGGUGUACAGAAGGAAGAAACAUCAGACCAGUAUAUGGAGGUCACCGACCUAUGAAGAUAUUAAAGUACUGCACGGUGUGAGUGGGACGGUUUCAUCCGGAAAUUUGGUAGCGUUAAUGGGUUCAAGCGGUGCAGGAAAGACUACUUUGCUAGCUGCGAUAAGUCGCCGCGAUAAAAGUGCCCUUACUGGAUAUCUGAUGCUGAAUGGAAGGUUGGCGGGUGCGGACCUGAUCGCUCGUAUAUCCGGCUUCGUGCCACAGGAAGAUCUAGCCAUAGAAUAUCUGACAGUGACUGAACAUAUGGAGUUUAUGGCACGAUUAAUGAUGGAUAAGCGAUCAUCGAAAGCGAUAAGAGCAAGCCGUAUAAAACAGUUGCUGAGUGAACUGGGCGUGAUGAAUUGUACUCGGACGCAAUUGAAGGCACUGUCCGGAGGAGAACGAAAACGGGUAGCGUUAGCCGUUCAGCUUCUAAACGAUCCCCCAAUACUUUUCUGCGAUGAGCCAACAACAGGAUUGGACAGUUGGGCUGCCAGUGCUGUAGUAUCAAGACUUAGGAAGCUAGCAAUUGGUGGAAAACUGGUGAUCUGUUCAGUCCACCAACCCGCUUCGGGAGUGUUUGAGCUGUUCCAUCAAGUUGUAUUAUUAGCUAAUGGUAGAACAGCUUUCCAUGGGACUAUAGAUCAGGCUGCGCAUUUCUUUGGAUCAUUAAACUACAAAUGCCCCGUAGGCUUCAACCCCGCGGAAUAUUACGUGACGCUACUUGGCGUGCAACUCGACAAAGAGAUAGAAAGUCGAGAAAGGAUUCGUCGCAUAUGUGAUGAAUACCAACGUUCAGAGAUAGCAGCUGAUAUAGAAAACACAGUGGACGAAGUACAAGAUGAGGCUGAGUAUUUCAAUGGAGAUGUUAAUGGAAAGAAUGACGUCUUUGAACGUUACCUAACUCUAGUCAAAGUGAAUUAUUUCGUACAAUUUUAUUGGUUACUGUGGAGAAAUGUACAAUCUAUAAAACAUAACAGCACAAUAUGGAUAGCAGAGUUCUUACUUCUAAUGUUCGUCGGACUAAUAAUUUCAAUACCGUACAUGGGGCAUUUCGAUGAACUAGACCAAAGGGACAUUCAAAACGUCCAGGGUCUUUUAUACCUCACCAUUACGGAGACGAUAUUCCUCUUCAUCUAUGCAGUCUUUAUCACCUUUCCAAGUGAGGUUCCAAUACUGCUACGAGAGACUGCCAGUGGGUUAUACUCGCCGCUACCUUAUUAUCUAUCAAAGAUGAUAUUUUGGAUUCCCAGAGCAAUUAUUGAGCCGAUACUUUAUGCCUCGCUAAUUUUUGGCGUCGCAGGAUUGCAUGGCGGCUUUUACGGCUGGCUUGGAUUUACCUUUGUUUGCAUUUUGUGUGCUAAUUUUGCAAAUGCUUAUGGAUCAUUUCUAUCGGCUGUCUUCGACAAUUUGGAAACUGCUGCUUUGAUAGCAGUACCUUACGACUUAAUAGGUUUAUUAUUCGCUGGUAUAUACCUUAACUUAGCAAGUGUAUCACCUUACUUCUCCUGGCUCAAAUUCAUUUCAGGAUUUUACUAUGGCGUAGAGAGUAUAUCUAUACUACAAUGGGAUUCUAUAAGAAAUAUUAGAUGCGUUAGUGUAGAUGACGUGAGAUUUCAAGAGAUGCCUUGCAUAAGAACUGGAGAGGACGUUCUAACAAGAUUUGGUUAUGACAAGGAGAAUUUUUGGAGAGAUUGUGUUUGUUUGUUAGUUAUGUAUGUUGUAGGUAAUAUUAUUGCGUUUGUUAUGAUUAUUAGAAGGAGUAAAGGAACUCCUGUUUAUUAAUAACCGUUAAUAUUUAAAACUUCAGCAAUUGUAAUAACUAUAUUGACUGAUAAAUCAAUGUAGUUAUUUUAAAAAAGAAGAAUGAUUUAUUUACAAACAUACGAAAUGUUUGUAUAUCGUAGUUUUCUACGGUACGAUUAACUAGAAUAUAAAUAAUCUUUAUUUAUAUAGACUUAUUUACAAGCAUUGCUCAAUUGUCAUGUAUAUGCGUAUAAUA